AUGUCUGGUAAAGGAGGUAAAGCUGGUUCUGCCGCCAAGGCUUCGCAGUCGAGAUCGGCUAAGGCCGGUUUGACUUUCCCUGUCGGUAGAGUCCACAGAUUGCUCAGAAAGGGCAACUACGCACAGAGAAUCGGGUCGGGCGCGCCUGUGUACCUAACCGCUGUGCUAGAAUACUUGGCCGCCGAAAUCCUAGAGUUGGCCGGUAACGCCGCCAGAGACAACAAGAAGACCAGAAUCAUCCCAAGACAUCUACAGCUAGCCAUCAGAAACGAUGACGAGCUAAACAAGCUAUUGGGCAAUGUUACGAUCGCCCAAGGUGGUGUGUUGCCAAACAUUCAUGCAAACUUGUUGCCAAAGAAGUCUGCCAAGGCCACCAAGGCUUCUCAGGAGUUGUGA